AUGCACACUCUCAAGAAAAAAAAAAAAAAACCCUCUCUAGCAAUAUACACCAAACUGAGCAUGUGCAGAGUGUCUCCACACGAUAGAGGGUGACACUGGAAGAAGGCGAGGAUCAGAGAAAUCAGGAUUAAACAGCCUUUCUACACAAUGCAGAGGAUUAACCCCUUAGGUUCCACAGUGAGUAUAACCAGCAUGAUUUACUGCCAGGGGCGGACUGACUAUUCGAGCACUCUGGCACUGCCCGAGGUCAGUAGGGGGCCC